UCUCUAUUCUCUUCCAUAAAAUGGCUCGCCGUCAUCAGACCUGAACCAAAAAAAAAAACAUAAUAAAGAAAACGAAAAUGGUCAUCGCAAUUUUUUUUUGAAAUAGUAGCCAAGUUUGUUUUGUUCUGUAUUCUAUUCAAUCAAUAUAUAAGAGUUGGGGAUGGGUGCGUAGGAUUAAGUGUGUGACACUGGUUUAGGCGGCACACGAUAGCCUCGACCAACAAAAACUCCACCAUCGUCGUUUCCCGGUGAUGCUCGCUGUACUCUGCUCUCGUUCCAAGCCUAGGAUCCUCAGCGCUUUCCUCUCAUCUUUCUCGCACGGCUCCGCUGUUCACCACCAUCACACCUAUAACAACUACCAGUACGCCCGCUUCGUUCAUGGUCCGGGUACCGGCUCCGGUCCCGGUCCUGUUCAGUUCGCUGACUUAGGGGUUGGUCACGCGCGCCAUGACCACCGGCGUCGGCACCACUCCAGUGCCUGCCAGCUCGGCGCAUCUUGUGGCGGAGCUGCUUCCAUCUGGCACGCCAUCCUGCCGUCUGCCGGUGGUCGAAGGUUCGAUAGACGCCGCCCCGCGAUUCACUUCGACCUGAGGGGCGAGGGCUCUUGGAACGCCGCGCUCGACGCGCGGCCCGCGCGCUGGCUCCACCGUGCCGACUCGGCUUGGCUUCUCUUCGGUGUCUGCGCUUGCCUCGCUCCCGUCGUCGAUUGCUGCACCGACGCGAGCGCCGAACCGCCUGCUUCGGAACAGAAGAUUGUCGUUUCUGAUGAGAACAUCGAUAGCUCCGCCGAUUACAGGGUUACAGGGGUUCUUGCUGAUGGUCGGUGCUUGUUUAGAGCCAUAGCUCAUGUGGCCUGCUUAAGGAAUGGAGAGGAAGCUCCUGACGAAAUUCGUCAGAGAGAACUCGCUGAUGAACUAAGAGCUCAAGUUGUAAACGAGCUUUUAAAGAGGCGAGAGGAGUCAGAAUGGUUCAUUGAAGGAGAUUUUGAUGCUUAUGUGAAAAAUAUUCAACAACCUUAUGUAUGGGGUGGAGAGCCUGAAUUGCUCAUGGCAUCUCAUGUUUUAAAGACACCCAUAUGGGUUUUCAUGAUAGAUAGAAACAACGGCAGAUUGGCUAACAUAGCCAAGUACGGUGAAGAAUAUGUUAAGAAUGAAGAAAAUCCCAUCAAUGUUCUAUUUCAUGGCUAUGGCCACUACGAUAUCUUGGAGACUCCUUUGGACAAAAGCUGCCAAAAACCAAGUAUGCUACAAGUUUGAUAUGGUUCUUAAUAUAUACUAUUGCAGUUCGCCGUAAUAAAUUAAACUCGCAAUAAGAGAGUUUCUUUCACCAUUAGCAAAAGCUGUCAAGUUCAAUAGCUGAUAGACAGCAUUAACUUGUUCAAAUUUUUGUAGAUGUCUCCUUUUUCUUCAAAGGUUUGGGUAUACAGUACACAGAGGCUUUAUAAGAGUCUUUUUCUCGCGGGUUUUUAACUUUGAUUGGUUAGUUCUCAUUAUCUUCAAAUAUGAGUUUUUAGGAAUUUUCAGGACACCUCGUUCCUCUGCUUUUGGGUUGUUUUACACUCUUGUAGUGUUUAGCCUCACACACCUACCUGCUCUGCGUAUUUGGUGGCACUGCACUAUCUAUUAAUCUUUAAUGAACAAUCUUUCUCCCAUAAAAUAAGAAUAGAAGAGUGACAAUUUUACAUAA